AUGCAGCAGCAGCGCAGCAGCAAGUGCAGCAGCGCAACGGCAGGAGCACCAGGGAAGCAGCAGCAAGGCAGCAGCAGCAGCAAUGGGGAAGCAGCAGGGCAGAGGCAGCAGCGAAAGAGAUGUAUCCGCAAUGAAGCAGCAGCACAGUUGGGGCAGCAGCAGCAACAGGGCAACAGAAGCAAAGGUGCGGCAGCGGCAGAGGCGCAGCAGCAGCAAAGCAGCAGGAACGUGCUGCAGCAGCGCGCCGGAGCAACAGCAAGAGAAGCGCAGGAGGAGCCCAGGAGGAAGAAGCAGCAGCAGCAAAGCAGCAGCAGCAAAAAAGGAGAAGCAGGGGAGCAGCAGCACCGACGCGCAGCAGCAAAAGCGGAAAAGCAAAAGCAGCAAAAGGGAAGCUGCAGAGAAGCUGGAAGGCAGUCUGCUGCCUCACAAUCUCAGCAGCAAUUGCUGCAGCAGCACGAAGGUCCCGCAGAUUAA